AUGUUAUCUAAAUCAGCUCGUCAAUACAUUUCUCAUCGAUUGCUUAAAUCCACAUCUCUUUUCCCUUCAAAAUCUCGUUCGUUCAAUGUAUCAACUUCGUCGUCUUUUACAUGGCAAGAAUCAACCGACGCCGAUCAAAGACAAUAUCCAGCUGAAGAUGUCUUUCGCGCCGGUAUGAAACAUCAUCAUAUAUGUAAUACAGCAUUUCCCAUUGCUCACAACACAACGAUCCGACCAUACCGAGUGAAACGAUUGCGUGAUCAACACGACAUUCAAGCGACUUAUUAUGGAGCAUAUGGAUCAUUACCUGAGAUGAUGUUGUACGCUCAUGUACCAUUUUGCCAAACACGCUGUCAAUUUUGCGAAUACACAGUUGUUAAUCCAAAACAAGGUAGAAAUGUGGACAUUCAAACAAACUAUUUUGCUGCGCUCUAUGCUGAACUUGACAUGUAUGCAAAUCUAUUGAAAACAACCGAAAAGAAAUUGGCUGGCUUUGACAUUGGGGGCGGUACUCCGUCCAUGGCUAAAGUCGAACAUAUCGAGCAAUUAAUGAAGCGUGUCGAAUCACGAUUUCAAACGGAUUGGAGCACAACUGAAGUUUCAAUAGAAACAACGCCCAGAAUAGCUGCAGACGAACCAGACAAAAUCAAAGCAUACUAUGAUAUGGGUAUUCGGCGCAUCUCCAUGGGUUUACAAACGACCGAUUUUCGCCAAGCGAAAGAAAUGAAUCGUGACGAUGCCAACGCAUCCACUGAUUAUAUUGCUAAAGCAGUCUCAAAUAUACGCAAUGCCGGUUUCAAAAGUUUUAAUAUUGAUCUUAUGUAUGGCUUUCCAUUACGUGCAUCACGCACAGAUGAUCCAUGGUUAAAAACUGUUCAAGAUACUAUUGAUCUCCAACCUGAACAUAUAACUUUAUAUCGUAUGAGAUAUAAAGGUACGUCGAUGGCACACUUAGCUGAUCGUGUUAAACUGGAUCAAGUCAAUCGACAAGAAGGUCAAGCUCGGCAACUAUUAAACCAAUCGGGUUACAUCGGUUUAACAGGAAAAAACACAUUUUCUCGUGUGCAAGGCAAUUCGGGAUGUUCGGACUAUUUAGAUAAACGAGUACGAAAAGCUGUUCCUUACAUUGGCAUCGGCCUUGGUGCGCAAUCGUUCAGUCAUUACACAUUGUCGUACAAUUUAGGUGCAGUAACGAAAAAACUGCAGCAAUAUAUUCGUAGUGUUGAAUUAAAUCGUAUUCCAGUACAAGAUUUGUACCAUUUGUCGCGUGAAGCAGCAAUCGCUAAAAUGGCAUCGGUUAGCUUUUAUUAUGGUGGAAUUGAUCUUGUUGCGUUCGAAGAUUGUUUCAAAAUUCCGCUGGAAGAAUUAUUCCCCACUGAAUUUCAAUUUGUUGUUGAAAAUGGUUUAAUGACACACGAUACAAAAGGACAGCGACUACAAAUGACAACUCUUGGCAAACAAUGUUUCGGUGGUGUUGUCGCCCUCUUCUAUUCACCAGCUGUUAAAAAUCAUAUUUUAAAUCUUCAAGGCGGAGAACAGUUUCUAGUUGAUCCAGUCAAAGCGUUAAAACAGGGGCAAAGUCCAUAUCAACCUAUUCCCGAUACAACUACGCCAGUUCGUCGUCGCAUAAUUCCAACAACGCCACAAACACCACCAGUUUCAACAGUUCCUUUGACAACGUCGAUUCUUGCUUCACAAACAGCUCAACAACCAGCAAAUCAAACACGCCGAACGUUUUCAACACUAUCUCGUAUUAGCACAUCGAAACCGUUUGAAUUUGGCAAUAUUCUAUUUUCAGGACCAUGCAACCAAAAGUGUCCAUUUUGUAUUGGUCAUCAAUUAGUGGAAACCCCAAAUAAUUUACGUAGUCAAGCAUUGAAUAAUCUUGAUCAAUUUAUUUCUCUGAUGAAACAGUCUAAAACACCGAAAAUUAUUUUGACCGGCACGCGGACUGAUCCUCAACUUUACAAAUACGAAGAGCAGCUAUUAAAUCGUUUACGUCAAGAUCUUCCGAAUGUUCACAUAUCAUUGCAUACAAAUGGAUUACUGGCUGUACCUAAAAUGAAAACAUUUCGCAUGUACGACUCAUGCACCUUGUCGAUCAAUUCGUUUCAACCUGAAACUUACCGUAAAUUACAUGGCGUUAAACAAAUGCCGGAUAUGAAAGUCAUUCUCAAAGAAGCAUCCAAUGUUCCAAUUAAACUUUCUUGUGUCCUAACAGAAGACAAUAUCCAUCAAGUGGAUGAUUAUCUGCACAUUGCAAAACAGUUAGGAAUUAAACGAAUUGCAUUGCGACACCUUUAUGGUGACGAUCGUCGAUGGUCGAUACCAGCUUUUGAAAAUAAACAGCCAAUUAAAUAUCACCAGAGCAAUCCAGUUUAUGAUUUUGACGGCCUUCAAGUGACACAUUGGAUCUUCGAUAAAACAUCCGGUCGCUCUUUGAACUUGUUUUCUGAUGGCACAUUGAGUGACGAAUAUCUUCUCACGAAAGCUCCUAAUCAAGCAUCAAUGUGA